GACGUGGUGCUUAUGAAACCAUUGAAACAUGAACCGCCAACAAGCUCUGUUCGCCGUCUCUUUCCUUUCGACAUUAGCUGUCCUUGUACUUAGUUUUCAUUGGCUGCGAACAAAGCUAAGAGAAGCUGGUUACGACGUCUCACGACUUAUACUUAUCGGAUUAGAACCAAAACUCAAUACCACCCAGUCCUCUGACCAUACUAACGGCACUCCAAUGGCAUUCGGAAUCGACAGUUCAUACACGCAAGUGAUCGCUUUGGCACUGGCGGUGGCGAGCAGCGUGUUCAUCUUCGUCAAGUUCGGCCCUUCGUCGAAACGAAAGCCAGUACUGAACCCCCAGGUUUGGAAAGAAUUCUCGCUCAAAGAAAAGAUCGAUAUCUCGCCCAAUACCGCCAUCUACCGGUUUGCCCUGCCUCACCCGCAGGAUGUCCUUGGCCUGCCCAUUGGGCAGCACAUUUCGGUUUCUGCAGAGAUAAACGGAAAGGACAUCAUGCGUAGCUAUACCCCAACUAGCAGCGAUGAUGACCUCGGCCACUUCGACCUUCUCAUCAAAUCAUAUGAAAAGGGCAACAUUUCGCGUUACAUCUCUCUUCUUAAGAUUGGCGAUAAGGUCCGCAUUCGUGGCCCGAAGGGUGCUUUCAAGUAUACCCCCACGCUGUCGCGCGAGAUUGGUAUGAUUGCGGGUGGUACCGGCAUUACGCCCAUGUUGCAGAUCAUCCGUGCUGCCUUAAAGAACGCCGAAGACAAGACUAGGCUCAGUCUCAUUUACGCCAAUGUCAACUUCGAGGAUAUUCUUCUUAAAAAGGAGCUCGAUGCUCUCGCUGCUGCCCACCCCGAGCGUUUCCAGGUUUACUAUGUACUCAACAAUCCUCCGCAGGGUUGGAAUGGUGGUUCAGGUUUUGUAACCAAGGACCAGAUCGAGAAAUACAUGCCUUCGUCAAAUCAUGAUAUCAAGGUCCUUAUGUGCGGUCCACCACCGAUGAUCACCGCCAUGAAAAAACAUCUUGCAGAGCUCAAUUACUCUGCUCCUCGCACAAUCAGCAAGUUGGAGGACCAGAUUUUUGCUUUCUAAAUACAUUUUGGUCCCCCUGGAGUAGAUUUGGCAAUGUAAUCGAACUAAUACCAUUGGCUUUUGGUUUUA